UUUAGACUAUAUAUAUUUCUUAAAUAGGUUAAAGUCAUAGAGAUUUUUUUGGAAUAGCACUUCGCCCUGGAGCGGUGCGCAAUGCUAUCUCAUGCCGACCUCCUGGAUGCUCGCCUCGGUGAGUUAUCAUCGCCAAACUCCGGUCUUCAACUCUACUGGAUGAAGGAUGCCGCUGCGGAGCUCCUGGGUCACAGGGAGGCUUUGAAGUGCAGGCUCGGCGGAGGAGGGGGACCUGACCCGGGACACUCAGGGGAGCUUGGCCCGGGCCCGGAAGGCGUGGAAGGGUCCACGAUGCUCCCCGGUGAUGAUAUCAGCAGUGGCGGGGGAUCCAACACGGUGCAGGUUAACAGCAAAGAGCAGGAGAAACAGCAGCAGAACAACAACAACUCCAAUCAGUCCGGAGGCGGGCAGAGCCAGAGCCAGAGUCAGAAACAGAAGCGGCACCGGACCCGCUUCACCCCGGCGCAACUCAACGAGCUGGAGAGGAGCUUCGCCAAAACGCACUACCCGGACAUCUUCAUGCGGGAGGAGCUGGCUCUUAGGAUCGGCCUGACGGAGUCCAGAGUGCAGGUCUGGUUUCAGAACCGACGCGCCAAGUGGAAGAAGCGCAAGAAGACCACCAAUGUGUUCCGGUCUCCGGGGACUCUGCUGCCGCACCACGGCCUGUCCCAGUUCAAUUCAGCGGCAGCAGCAGCAGCGGCCAUGGGCGACAGUCUCUGCUCCUUCCACGCCAACGACACCCGCUGGGCCACGGCAGGGAUGCCGGGAGUAUCUCAACUGCAGCUCCCGCCGUCUCUGGGCCGCCAGCAGGCCAUGGCGCAGUCCCUGUCUCAGUGUAGCCUCGGUGCAGGGCCGCCACCCAACUCCAUGGGUCUGUCCAACAUGUCAAACGGCUCCGGGCUUCAGUCACACUUAUACCAACCCACUUUCCCCGGGAUGGUACCUGCGUCCCUCUCGGGCCCGAACAACAUGAGCCACUCGCCUCAACUGUGCACGUCCCCGGACAGUGAGGUCUGGAGAGGGACAAGCAUCGCGUCGCUGCGCCGCAAAGCGCUGGAGCACACAGUUUCCAUGAGUUUUACCUAGACGAGAGCUUUUUCUUUACUCACAGAUUUCUUCUUAAAUUCGUAUUCAUACAAUCCGAUGCACCGGGAGACAUACAAACAGGAUUCUUGUUCAAAUAAAAAAAAUCGCUGAACACAACAUGUUUUCCCCUCCCAAAUCCACAUAACAGGAAGCUAUUUAUCCGGCCUGUUGGUCUUUAUCAAGCAUAUGACUGGUUCUAUUUUAAGAUAUAAUUUAUUAUUUCGCAUGUAGCCUAUGACAACUAUUUAUUUGUCUAUUUAAAUAACUUAUUUGCUCUGUAUGUAUUUAUUUAUUUACUUAUUUAUUUGGCACAUGCAGCCCUGGCCUUCAGGGCUUUUAUUGACAUUUGCUUUGUGACUGACUUUUGAAGACACCUUCUAUGGAUACUUUUAAAUCAAAACCAAGAUAUGGAUCCCUUUUCCACCCGCUGCACAGCAUGCACCUCUGAGAGGCCAAAGGGAUGCACAGUGGACUGCAGAAACAAGUCACCUGGAGGUUUUUAAGAACAUGAGAGAUUCACCUGAAGAAGGAAGAGCGAUUUGACAGGAAUCAGGACAUCAUGGAGGACUUGACUGCAUGUCCAAGGCAAAAAAAAUAAGGGACAAAUCUAUAAACUAAAACUUGGAAACUGACUUAACUAUAAUCUGUUAUAUAGGAUGUUUUGUGUAGCGGAAGCACUAUUGUUCCCAUUUGGUCAGUUUGUGAUAAAUUAUGUUUCCAAAAUUAUGUCUGUGCUUAUCAAAUUCUGACUUUCUUAAAUGUUUAA